AGGUAUGUGGAUGUUGUGUUAUCACGACUAGUGCAGAGUGGGUUUGUGAUGAGACGCAUUGGAAGCACCGUACGCCGGGGAGAGCGGGUAGUAACCCGACGUAUGCAGUGCGAAACAUACGCACAGCAGAAGGAUGAGGCGGGGAGGACGACAUGGUUGACCGAUAAGACGGAUUACAAACGAUUUUUUACUCAUAAAAUGCAACAUCUCACAUGCCAUAACGCACAGCAUCGCCACUGCUUGUAUUUUAAGCAUGGAUAUAUGUAAGGUGACUGCAACGAUACGGGUAUAAAAACCCUUGAAAAGAUUUAAUGGAGAAAACAAGAGGAGUUCCAUUAAGAUGACACGCACAGACCCACCUGACAUACUGGUAUCAACUGUGUAUCAAGACAUAGAAGUGAAAUCCCUUUCCACACACACCCAGUCCCCCUGUCCCUCUGAACAAUGUGAUUCUCCACCUGUCAGCACACUGGAGGACAAUCGGGACAAGAGUAAAAAGAGGCACUGCCGUAGCUUUCAUUACGUUGGGUCGCUGGACAGGCCCAGAUUCAACUCUUACUCUAUGGAGUACCCACACAGGAGGGCUGACCGCUACGUGGCUCACCCAGAUGUAGCCUGGAAUGCCUUGGGCCGCCAGCAGAGCCAGCAAAGCCAGCAUCGCUUUUCCUCUCCUGACCUUUACAACCAUAGACUGACCCCACAGCCGAUCAGUGCUGAAAUGGCAAGUGAAAUGGCCGUUACAGAUAUGAAGAGAAGGGCCCGGUCAAAAAGUGCCACGAGAGCACAGGCCAGCCUGACCCCUGUGUCCUUCGAGGGCUCGCCGCCCGUGGGCAGGAGGGGACGAGAGACGCAGAGGUCGCAACGGGACACCAAGUGGAAGCCCGAGGUGUCGCCUCGCAGGGAGUGCUCGUUCGCUGCGACCAGAGCGCUCAUGCACGAGGUGCACCCCGUCAAACUGCAGCCCCAGCGCAUGGACACCAGCCCCUUCUCCCCAGUGUUCACGCCCGAGGGGCUCGACGAGGGCCGGCCAGAUAAGCCUGCUACUAGCCCUCACGUCAGGUGCAGGGUGGACAUUAAGCCGGACGACGCAGCCUUUCAGCAGGCCGGACGAAAGCCUGCGACGCCCAGGAUGGAUAUACCUUGGCAGAGGUACCCGAGUGGACAAAGUCGGAGUCUUACCGUGCCCCGCCAUUUUUCAAUGUCGAGGACGCCGACACCCACAGAAUCCUUUAGUGGAGAGUACAGACAGGCUUACCAGUAUUCCCACAGUAUGCCAAACAGUUACAUGCACCCUGUGGAGAUACCAAUGCAAAGGAUGCCUUCUCCAAGGGAGCCGAGGGAAUACUACGGAAGGGAAAGAAGGGCUCAUUCCAGCCCCAACGUGCCAACAAAAUUCUUUUAUGCAGAGGAUUUGGGGAGAUAUGCUACCCCUGCACCUCCUCCAUCAAGGACUUACUACCAUGAGGACCACUUCAGCAUUCCCAGCCAAAACCUCACCCCCAAAGUCCAAUAUGUACAAGACUCAAGGACUCGACUUGUGCGUAGUGUGACUCCGCGGCAAUAUUAUGCUGAAAUAGACCCAUGCCAGUAUCAAGCACAGGUGUAUCAAAAACCUUACGCUCCAAGCGAACCUGCGUCAUAUAUUAUUCAGACACCCCCUGCAAGAACAUUCUACGGAGAUGAUCCAAGGACAUACCAGAUCAAGACGGCUCCCCCGCGCGUUUUCUAUACGGGUGACCCCUAUGCACCCCCUAUGGAGCAUCACAUUCCAGCGAGGGCAUACUACACAGAGGGCCGUCAGCGGGCUCGAGUGGUUCAGCCCCAGCCCCAGCCCCAGCCUGAUGACUGGUAUGGCUCUGAUGUGUCAGGCUACUCAACACAUUAUCCUUCCUCUUAUGUCUCUCAGGUCACUCCGACCAGAGUCAGGCAAGAUCCAGGACCCACCACCUGGUACGCUAACCCCUGCAUUGACACAACAAGGUCUGUCCAAGAGCCUAGACCACACUCAAGGUCCUGGGACAACAUCCUCAACACGCAAGUGGAGCAAGAACAACCUCAAGCUGCACCACGAGGUCGCAGCUAUGAAACUCUCCUGAAUCAGGGGAAACAGACUCUGUCCGCAGAGGACAAACCAAAACCUGUGGUUGUCAAUCUGUCGACAUCGCCAAGACGCUAUGCAGCCCUGUCUUUGUCUGAAAACUCCCUCAUUGACAAGAGCCCAACAGAAGCUGGGAAGAGUGCUACAGGAAAGCUUUGGUAUGUCACACCAGAGAUCACCAUCACUGACAAUGACAUUCGACCAGGAAUCCUCACUAAGUCAGGGGGACGUUCAGCUAGCUGGGAUGUGCUUGAUUCUAAAAGUGCUCGAGGACGAGAUGAGGCAACUAAACAUGAGGAAACAAUGUCCUGCUCAGUGGACUCUACCAAAGAAAAGACACAUAACAGCUCGUCACUGCAGCAAAGCCUAGAGCAGCUCGACGAGCUUUUAGCUGAUCUUGUGAUUGACUACAAACCUACCUGUAGCGGAAGGCAUAAUGAAGAACUGUUGGGCCAACUCAAAAGGCUAAUUGAUGAUGAGGAAGCAGCAUCUCUAGCUAGAAAGGAUUCAAAGGCAGGGUCUGAGAGCAGUUGCCCUCUGGACAAGCAACCCACCUCCAUCAGAAUGACCCCCGAUUCUUUUAGAGACACUGAUGGCACCUGUGACACCACCAGAAGCACGGAUGAGUGCUCCCCAGACCAGAGUCCUGACGAAGACGACACUAUGAUGUGUUCUAACAGCAAGUGCCAGCGGACUGAGACCAUGUUCAACGCUUGCCUGUACUUCAAAUCCUGCCACAGCUGCUACACCUACUACUGCUCUCGUAACUGCCGCCGGGAACAUUGGGACAUUCAUAAGGAAAGCUGCUUGUACGGACGCAUUGGUAGUCUUUGUCGUCACAUCAUCAAGCACUGCCGUGAGACGACUGAGGUGCACAAGGCCUUCUCUCGAAUUGCUAAGGUGGGCUACUUGUCUCGAGGGAGAGGCGUUCUGUUUUUAGGAUUCCCAAAUCCAGGAUCAUCUUCAAACUUCCUUCACUAUGGCCUGGAAAGCCUCCUCAUGUGUCCAACAUACCUGUCACUCCGAGAACUAGAUAGCUUCAAAGAUAACUUGGGGGAAUACUGCAAAGACCUGCAGGAGGCUGGGAAGGAGUAUGAUCCCAACGAAUGUUUCCUCUUGAAUGUAUCCAUCGCCGUUGGCGAUCAAGUGCCAGACGGACCGUCACCAAGGGUCCAAAGCCCAACCGUCAGGAAAUAUGCCAAGGUCGCUCUGGCCUCCUACAGUCCAGAGAGGAAGGUUCAAAGGAAAGAAAAUGACAUGGAGACGCUGAUCCUCACGCCGCCACCGGGGACAGCCGACAUUGACAAGGAAGGCGAGGAAGGAAGGAAGGCACGAGAAAUCUGCUUUAUUAACAUCCAACGAGAACUGAGGAUGCGAGGAGUGUUCCUGCGCCACGAGUACCCACAGAUAUACCAGCAGCUCUGUGAGUUUGUCGAGAGCAACAGGAGGUUUACGCCCACCACCAUUUACCCAAUCGACAAGCGGACAGGAAAACAGUUCAUGUGCAUGAUCAUGGCUGCCUCGGAGCCAAGAACACUGGACUGGGUAGGCACCCCUCAUCUUCUUGAUGACAUCAUUUAAUCAAGUGCACCUUCCAAUGUACAUAAACAAAUAUAUAUAUAUAUAUAUACAUAUAUAUAUA